CAAGCGGACCACCAGCAGCAGACAACAUCUUCAUUCAGCUCUCCCUGAAGCUGUACUGCCCCACUGAGAGGAUGAAGGUCUCUGAGGCUGCCCUGUCUCUCCUUGUCCUCAUCCUUAUCAUUACUUCUGCUUCUUGCAGCCAGCCAAAAGUUCCUGAGUGGGUGAACACCCCAUCCACCUGCUGCCUGAAGUAUUAUGAGAAAGUGUUGCCAAGGAGACUGGUGGUGGGAUACAGAAAGGCCCUCAACUGCCACCUGCCAGCAAUCAUCUUCGUCACCAAAAGGAACCGAGAAGUCUGCACCAACCCCAAUGACGACUGGGUCCAAGAGUACAUCAAGGAUCCCAACCUACCUUUGCUGCCCACCAGGAACUUGGCCACGGUUAAAAUUAUUACAGCAAAGAAUGGUCAACCCCAGCUCCUCAACUCCCAGUGAUGACCAGGCUUGAGUGAAAGCCCUUGUUUACAGAAGAGAGGGGUAAACCUAUGAAAACAGGGGAAGCCUUAUUAGGCUGAAACUAGCCAGUCACAUUGAGAGAAACAGAACAAUGAUCAAAAUAAAGGAGAAGUAUUUCUAAUAUUUUCUCAAUCUCAGGAGGAAAUACCAAAGUUAAGGGACAUGGGCAGAGGUACACUCUUAUUUUUAUUUUUAUUUUUAUUUUUAUUUUAUUUUUUUGAGAUAGGGUCUUACUCUGUCACUCAGGCUGGAGGGCAGUGGUGUGAUCUUGGCUCACUUGAUCUUGGCUCACUGUAACCUCCACCUCCCAGGUCCAAGUGAUCCUCCCACCCCAGCCUCCCGAGUAGCUGGGACUACAGGCUUGCACCACCACACCUGGCUAAUUUCUGUAUUUUUGGUAGAGAUGGGAUUCUACCAUGGUGCCCAGGCUGGUCUCAAACUCCUGUGCCCAAGCAAUCCACCUGCUUCAGCCUCCCAAAAGUGCUGGGAUUACAGGCGUGAGCCACCACAUCUGGCCAGUGCACUCUUAAUACAUAGAAAAAUAUCUUUCACAUCCUUCUCCUGCUCUCUUUCAAUUCCUCACUUCACACCAGUACACAAGCCAUUCUAAACACUUAGCCGGUUUCCAGCCUGCCAGAUGAUCACUGCCCUCUGGGUCUUGACCCAUUAAGAGCCCCAUAGAACUCUUGAUUUUUCCUGUCCAUCUUUAUGGAUUUUUCGGGAUCUAUAUUUUCUUCAAUUAUUCUUUCAUUUUAUAAUACAACUUUUUCCUAGGAAGUCGGGAUGGGAAUAUUCACAUUAAUCAUUUUUGCAGAGGCUUUGCUAGAUCCUCUCACAUUUUGUCUUCCUCAGGGUGGCAUGGGUACAGAGAGUGCCUGAUUGGAAAAAAAAAAAAAAAAAGAGAGAGAGAGAGAAGAAGAGACACAAAUCUCUACCUCCCAUGUUAAGCUUUGCAGGACAGGGAAAGAAAGGGUAUGAGACAUGGCUAGGGGUAAACUCUUAGUCCAAAACCCAAGCAUGCAAUAAAUAAAACUUCCUUAUUUGA